AACAAAGCCUUGUUUCCUCGAGAUGGACAAUGGGAUUAGCAAAGACUUGCUCCUCGAAAUUGACAGCUUACAGCAGCUUACCCAAGCAAUCUACGACGCCCCGGAAAGCCGUCUGAAAACCAUUCUGAGAGAUCUUUGUAUCCAGUUGCCUGCUGCUAGAGAAGCAGUAGCACGGCAUCUGCUGGUGACCGAAGACCGAAUCAAAGAGAAGGCCGACUCGUCUGAUGAUGAUGGGAGUGAAGACGAGGACUCUGAAGAGUCCGAUGAUUCCGAUGAGUCUAGAGAACCCGAGGUUAAACCACAGACUCCCGUGAAAAUGGGCUCCAAGCGACUCAGACCACGAUAUGGGAUUUGUGAGAAUUGCGACGAGGAAUUUGAUUUGACCACUAAUAGUAAGAGGAGCUGUCGCUAUCACCCUGAGUAUUCAGAGCCCGAUUAUGACUACUUUGUCGACCAUGAUGAGGCCAUCCAUGGCAUAAUCGAUAGUCCCGAUAUGCGGGAGGAAUAUCCCGAGGGAUAUAUAUAUCCAUGUUGCAAUCGAAGGGGGGACGAGGAGCCCUGUACGCGGGAUUGGCACAUUGAUGCUUCCUCGAAGAGGUGCAGAUUGGAUAAUUGAACAUAUCUUCCGUGUUUCCUAUUUUUGUGUUCGUUUUGUGUUUGUUUUAUAUAAGAUCAUAUAGCUAGAGUGAUAAUCAAGACCAUGGAG